CUCUCUCUCUCUCUCUCUCUCUCAAAAAAUAAAUAGAAGCCUAAAUAUUCUCUCUCUCUCCAUAAGCAAAGCAAAGUGAAGAGAAGGGAGCGUAGCUGAAGGGGGUAGAAAACAAUGGCUUCCACUUCAUCUGUAACUCUAUCUCAGGCCCUCUUUGCUCCAGCCAUCUCCCAUCAUGGCUCAGCCCAGUCUUCUGACCAUCACCGCCUCUCUUUUUCUACACCUUCCCUUCCCUCCUUUUCUGGUCUCAAGUCCACCUCUUCCUCCAUCCCGCGAGCCACCUCCUCUCUCCGCCGCCGCCUUGUCACGCUCCAACAAACCCGAAUCCGUGCAGCUGCAGUUGAGACCCUUGGUGCAACUUCCGAGACUUCAUUGGUUGAGAAAUCUGUAAAUACAAUUAGAUUUCUCGCUAUUGAUGCUGUGGAAAAGGCCAAUUCAGGUCACCCUGGUCUGCCUAUGGGCUGUGCCCCGAUCGGUCAUAUUUUAUACGAUGAAAUUAUGAGAUAUAAUCCUAAGAAUCCGUAUUGGUUCAAUCGCGAUCGCUUCGUCUUGUCUGCUGGCCACGGCUGUAUGCUACAGUAUGCUUUGCUCCACCUCGCUGGUUACGGUAGUGUCAAGGAAGAAGACUUGAAGAAUUUCCGUCAAUGGGGAAGCAAAACCCCUGGACACCCUGAGAACUUUGAGACACCUGGUGUUGAAGUCACAACUGGUCCUCUUGGACAGGGUGUUGCCAAUGCUGUUGGUUUGGCCCUUGCAGAGAAGCACUUGGCUGCUCGCUUUAACAAACCAGACAAUGAAAUUGUUGACCACUACACAUAUGUUAUAUUGGGAGAUGGUUGUCAAAUGGAAGGGAUUGCAAAUGAAGCUUGUUCCCUCGCUGGGCAUUGGGGACUAGGAAAGCUGAUAGCUUUCUAUGAUGACAACCACAUCUCCAUUGAUGGUGACACAGCAAUUGCAUUCACUGAGAGUGUGGACAAACGUUUUGAGGGUCUUGGGUGGCAUGUUAUCUGGGUGAAGAAUGGAAAUACUGGCUAUGAUGAUAUUCGUGCUGCCAUUAAGGAGGCCAAGGCUGUGAAAGACAAACCCACUUUGAUCAAGGUUACUACAACCAUUGGUUACGGGUCUCCAAACAAGGCAAACUCUUACAGCGUGCAUGGGAGUGCUCUGGGUGCCAAGGAAGUUGAUGCUACUAGGAAGAACCUUGCAUGGCCAUAUGAGCCUUUCCAUGUUCCAGAGGAUGUUAAGAAGCAUUGGAGUCGCCAUAUUCCAGUAGGUGCUGCGCUUGAAGCUGAAUGGAAUAAAAAGUUUGCCGAGUAUGAGAAGAAGUACAAGGAGGAAGCUGCAGAAUUGAAAUCUGUCAUCACUGGUGAACUACCGGCUGGUUGGGAGAAAGCACUUCCAACAUACACUCCAGAGAGCCCAGCAGAGGCUACCAGAAAUCUAUCUCAGGCAAACCUAAAUGCACUUGCAAAAGUACUCCCUGGACUUCUUGGUGGCAGUGCAGACCUUGCCUCUUCAAACAUGACCUUGUUGAAAAUGUUUGGGGACUUCCAAAAGGACACCCCUGAAGAACGCAAUGUCAGGUUUGGCGUCAGGGAGCAUGGAAUGGGAGCCAUCUGCAAUGGCAUUGCACUACACAGCCCUGGUCUGAUCCCAUAUUGCGCAACUUUCUUUGUUUUUACUGAUUACAUGAGGGCUGCUAUAAGGAUAUCUGCCUUGUCUGAGGCUGGAGUUAUCUAUGUUAUGACCCAUGAUUCAAUUGGUCUUGGAGAAGAUGGACCUACCCAUCAGCCAAUUGAACACUUGGCGAGCUUCCGUGCAAUGCCUAACAUUUUGAUGCUUCGCCCAGCCGACGGAAAUGAAACUGCCGGUGCUUACAAGGUUGCUGUCCUCAACCGCAAGAGACCCUCUAUCCUUGCACUCUCUAGGCAAAAGCUGCCAAAUCUUGCUGGAACCUCCAUUGAGGGAGUCGAAAAGGGUGGAUAUAUCAUUUCAGAUAAUUCUUCUGGAAACAAGCCUGAUGUCAUUUUGAUUGGAACUGGUUCUGAAUUGGAAAUUGCUGCCAAGGCUGCUGAGGAGCUUAGAAAGGGGGGCAAGGCUGUAAGAGUUGUCUCACUUGUUUCAUGGGAGCUUUUUGAUGAGCAGUCAGAUGCAUACAAGGAAAAUGUUCUUCCAGCAGCUGUAUCAGCUAGAGUUAGCAUCGAAGCUGGAUCAACAUUUGGAUGGGAGAAGAUUGUUGGAGCCAAAGGCAAGGCUAUUGGAAUUGACCGAUUUGGGGCAAGUGCACCAGCUGGUAAGAUAUACAAGGAGUUUGGCAUUACUGCAGAAGCUGUUAUUGCUGCAGCCAAAGAAGUAAGUUAGGCUGGAAGAUAUCUUUUUUAUUUGGAAUUUGGGGUUUGGGUUGAGAAUACAAUGAGGAGGUCAUUUCUGGGAUUGCUAUUCCACGACUAGGUAUCUUAGUCUCAAUAAAAUGGAAAAAGGAAUAAUACAAGAUUAGAUUUUCUUCUGUUGCUUACAACAUAGUUGGGAAGAGGAUAGUUAGAUUAUAAACAAUUGUUGAAUUUGUUAAACAACUCUUGGACUUUUCUUGAGUUUUGUAAUGUGCUGUGAUUUACUUGUAGUGAGGUUGAGAAUUUUUCCUUUACUACAUUUUAGUUUUUGCUUUAAUGCCCUGAUGAUUUAUAUUUUCCGUUGUGUUA